GAGCUGUCCAGCUUCUCCUGCAUUGAGUUUCUACUUUUUAGUGAGAGAAAUCAAUCGUUUCAGACUGAACUGGGCUGUUAUAUGUGCCGUGGGAUAUCUUCAUGGUCUUUCUAGCUUUAUCACUGCUCCGUCACUUCAUCAGUUCAUAACAAGUUCCUCAAAUGUCACCGGUGAUUCUCAAGUAGAUAAGUCAUGGAGCAUUAGUUAUUACAGCUUUACAAUUUAUGUCCACAGGUAGAAUGGCCUGGUCUAGGUUUGAGUGAGACAUGGUAUUCCUGGGCUGUUAGUGCUCAGAGUAUUGGUAUAUUUGUGGGUGCUCUACUCUUUAGUGUAUUUGCUCGCUCAUUCUAUUACAAAUACAUCAUUAUUGGGUCUCUUUUCGUUCUCAUGUCAAGUGGAGUUAUCUACGGUUUUGCUGUUCAAGGCUGGAUGGUGAUAACAGGUCGAUUUAUAUCCGGAAUCCAUACUGGAAUUACUCAAUCUUUAACUCGAACAUAUAUUGGCGAAUCCAGUGAUAAAGUUAUUCAAAUGAGAAAGGAGGCAUCCCUUAAAUCUGAUGAGCAGAGUAGCAGGAAAACAUCAUCACUUAAAUACACAAACUUUUUUAUUCUGUUCACAAUAGCUGUAAUAGGUUUGGCAUCUGGUCCUGUUUUGGGAGCUCUAGCCUCUCAGAUACCUUCUCUAGAUCCAUUCCGUUGGCCUGGCUACUAUCUCAUAAUACAUAGUGGACUACUCAAUAUAUUUGUGAUGCUGUUUUUCUGUGAGAAAUGGGACGAUGUGAACAGAAGGAAAAAGUUGUCUAACAUUGAUAGAAAUCGGCUCAAGUGUCAAAAACCUGAUCAACCAAUACAAGUAUGUAUUAGUCCAUAGUAUAUAUGUAUUGAAGGCCUUAUCCACUAUUCAACAUUCAACUUUGUGCUUCCUUUAUGCCAACUACCAUGUUGUAUUUGAAGUUGAGGUGAUUAUAAGUGAUAAUUAUUCAUAUUAACAUAGCAGAAGCAGAAAACAGAGAUAAGAGAGUAUGUUAGCAUGUGUUCAUUAACUGAAUAGACCAUGUAUGUAAUGGUUUAAAAUAUCAAUAAUGAUAAUGACAGUAAUGAUACUUGUAAAAUAAAGAUUAAUAGACCCACUGUAGCUCCUUUGAUGCCCUGUCAAUUUUGUUGCCUGAAGCUGAAUAGUGGAAGCCUGAAGUAUGUAAAUACUUAUCAUUGAUCUAAUUGCCUUUGAUGUGGUUAAGUAACAUGAUUCAUGCUGUCGUAUGGCAUCUCAUCAUUAUUAAUGAGUGUCUACUAGUCUGCAUAUAUACCAAACAAUAUAAUUAAUUGGCAAGGAAUUAAUACCGGUAUUGGCAUUUAGGGGCUUCAUGAAACACACCAAUUUGCCAGUAUAAAAUUUGCCAAUUGCUUUACACAGAGCAUAAAAAUUUAUUACUCUUGCCAAUAAAUCAUCUUGUAUUGUAAUUGCAUAUUCUAGAUCACAUUAAUAUUCAUAUUUGCUUUCGUGAUCAAUGGAUGGAUUUCAGCUAUCAUCGAGACACUCGAGAAUCCUGUAUUAUCUGGAAACUUU